GUCGACUAGUGACGUCAAUGGUUUCCCAACAUUCUAACAAAAUAUAGCUAUGUAAUCCUCUAACAAGUCCACCAAUAAAUUAAAAUAAGUGGGAUCUUAUCCAGCGUGCUGUAUAAAAAAAAAAGUAUCAGUCCUCGGUCUGGAUAAAAAAACAAACCGUGAAAAAAAAAGACGAGUUUGUUUGCUAGUGUGUGCGUGCGCGGGUACGUGUGUGUGUAUAUUGUAGUUGUGUGUGUGCAGGACACGAGAAUUUACUGCUGGCUGCAGUUGGAUGUGGACGGCGGCCUAGAAUUCAUGGAAGUGCAAUGCGAGAUGUGCUACAUGAACUUGUCGUCAGACUUGCCAUUGUAAUGGGAAGUUAGGUAUGCCGACCAUAAUGCCUCUGGAAUGGGCCACCGAAAAGAUGCAGUAUCAGCCCUCGGAAAUAAAUUCUUAUGACCUGUUAAAGCAUGGUCACGAUCGCUUGGAAAACCGUCCAAUUAUGACUCACUCAAACGUGGAAAUGUAUAACAAACAGUUGGAAGUAAAUAAUUCCAGUUGUAAAGACAUCUCUCGACUCGAUUGUGGAGGAUCAGUGAACAAUAAUCCGAACAAUAAUAAUUACUGUAAAAAUAAACAUUGCGACGUAAAUUCACAUAAUUUUAACAAUAAUUAUAAUAUUAAUAAUAAUACCAGCCAACAAUCGCGAUUUUUUCUGCGCGAUAAAAGUUAUAACAGAAGACACUUAUUAUCCGCGAGUGAUUGUGUGUUAAACAGCGAUUGUGUCACGGCAAUUGAACGUUUAAAAUCAACAAAACAAAUUAUGACAAACUCUGAACCAAUAACUCCAACAAAAGAAUGUCGAUCGAGUUAUUGUUACAGUAAUAAUAUUAAUAUUAAUAAUAAUAAUAAUAAUAGUCGUAGUAGUAGUAAUAGUAGCAGGGAUAGAACGUCUAGUUGUUAUAAUCGUACAAGUCAAUUAAAAUGUUUCUUACAUGCUUUUAUUAUAAUUUUUAUUGGAUUAAUAUGUACAAGUUCGGCAGAACAAUGUGUUAUUGGUAUCAAAACUCCAGGACGGACUUGGCCUGCGAAUGAUAUUGUUGUGGAGUACGGCCAUCCCUUGAGAAUUCUCUGUAUACUGAAUCAGACAAUCGUUGACGCGGAGUACCCUGGUAAAAAUGCAUCGGACUUAUUUUUCUUCAGAAAUGAAAAAAAAAUGGAACAAGAGUACGUUCGUAUUAUCAACUCAACUACUAUUGAAAUGUUUGUCGAAAAACCACCACUUGGUAAAGACAUGUAUCAUUGUAAAUUACGGACUGAAACGUCAGCAAGAUAUGUAGCCGUUUGUCUCAAUACUGUUGCUGUUGGAUAUAAACCACAAUUACCAACAAAUUUUACUUGUGUAUCAGACAAUUGGGAAAACUUGAAAUGCUCAUGGAUUCCGGUAGAUAAUUAUAUCCAAACAGAUUAUACACUCAGUUUUAGAGCAACGCGUAAACUUUAUCCGUGUCCAAAACACGAUUCAAAUUUUCCCCCAAAUUUUUGUCUAUGGGAUAUAUCUACAAAUCCAAUUUAUCGUCAAACAUUGGAAAAUUACACAUUUGUAAUGAAUGCAAAAAAUCGACUGGGAAAUGUUUCAGCAAAUAUUAGAUUUCAUCAUUUCGGACAUGUAAUACCGUCAAAGCCGAAUAAUUUAACAGUUGUCAAUAAAACAACAGAAAGCGCAUUACUGUAUUGGGCAGUACCUUUUCCUAUGCAAAACUUUCCACCAGGUUUACAUCACCAAAUAGCUUAUCAGCAUCAAUGGGAUCGAGAUAAAAUAUGGAAGUUAAUAAAUAUAACUAAUGACGUUCGUGAAGACAAAAGAUAUUACAAUUUAACGGGAUUGGAAUACGCCAAUACAGUUUAUGACGUGAGAGUAUUUAUGAAGAGUGCUGUCGCCACAGGUGAUGAUAAAUGGAGUAAAUUUAGUGAUAUUACAUUCCGUACACCAGCAAGAUUGCCUGGACGAUCACCACGUACGGAUAUCGGAAGUUUUGAAAUAGCAGACAAUAGCGCACACAGAGAUAUUUAUUUAUACUGGCAAGCUAUACCGCCUUAUUUAGAGAACGGUGAUAAUUUCAAGUAUCAAGUUUCUUUGAUUGAAGAAAACGGGCUCAAGACUUAUCGCCCGCCAAAUGAAACCACUCGUUCUUAUGCUGUAUUUAAAAACAUCGGAUUCGCCAACUAUCGUUUUCAAGUUACUACAAGUAAUGUCAUGGGUGUUUAUCCCAAUAGCUCUAUUAUUUAUGUACCCGAUUCAACAAACAUGCCUAGUGAACCUUUGGCGGUCACUAAGAUAGCUUUCGAUGAAGGAUUGUAUGAACUGUCAUGGAAGUCACCGGCAAUAAACACUGAAAUAAUAAAUUACACGAUAUUUUGGUGUGAAAAUGAACGUGAUCGUCCUUAUCAAUGUACCGGAUAUCUCGAUUGGGUCCACGUGCCUAGAAACACAACUAUAUAUAAUAUAACAGUACCCCAUCCCCAGAAAGUUUAUCAAUUCGCAGUGUCAUCAAACUCAGCAAAAGCAAGCAGUGGAAUGAUUUGGGCAUCGUGUACAGUAAUUCACAAUAAAGUAUCCAGUAAAAUGAAGUCCGUGUGGAUAAAUACUAUUGGAUCAGAUGUUAUUGAUGUCGGCUGGAAACUUGACUGUUCUGACCGUAUCGGUGUCGUUGAGGGAUUCAUUAUUUAUUACUGCCCAAUAGUUUCCCCUAAAAAUUCAACGUGCAAAGAAAUGAAGAAAAACACAACAAUACGCGCAGACCCUCAUACUAUGCGCAGUACUGUCACAGGGUUGAAACCAUAUACUACCUAUAAAAUAACAAUAGCCUUCUGGACAAAGACUGGUGAGGGAUUGGAAAGCGAUCCACUUUAUAAUACAACUCUCGAGAGCGCUCCAACAUCACCACCGCAAAAUGUCCAGGUCAGUUACAUUACUAACAGUUCAAUGUUCGUGACAUGGCAGCCACCGACGGCAAUGAACGGCGUACUCCGCUACUAUGAGGUCCACUACAGCGGUAAUUCACUUAAAGUUGAAGAAGCGACAACACAUGUUUUGUUGAAGGAUUUAUUAUCUUACAAAAAUUACACAAUAACUGUGACUGCUUGUACGGUUAAAUGCAGCGUUGAGUCAUUGCCAGUUUAUGCGCUGACUGAAAUAGGCGUACCAGGUAAAAUAAAUCGACCGCCAGUUGUCAAAAUUCAGGACUCAAAUUUGGCGAUUGUAGUUUGGAGUAAACCACAAAAUCCUGGUGGAAAAUUAGAUUACUAUCAAGUGUCUUCACCAGGACUUGGCAUUAAAAAUAGUAACGUAACUGAGGCUAAAAUAUCGAUACCUGGUUGUCUAGCUAAUGAACGUGACACAACAUACAGAUUUCAUGUACGUGCUGUUAAUGUAAAUGACAAAGGUGAGCAUUUAGUAGGACCGUGGUCGGACAUUGGAGAGACCAGUUGCUGGAAUGGAGGGCCAUCAUUCCAAGUAUGGAUUAUCAUAUGGACAAUUAUUGGUAUCAGUAUCGUUGCUUUCUUAUUGUGUGUCGCCUAUACAACGAAACGAAUGUGGCGAAAGUGUAAAGUUAUGAAGCAUUGUGAAAUAAAAUUGCCGCCAGGUUUAGCUGAUGAAAAAUUGUUACAAAAACCUGGUGAACAGCACAUCAGACAGUCAUCAGCAGACUCUAGUGGAUGCUCAAGUGCUCAAGAGUCAGUGACGUCUUCAUUAACUUCAAAUUCCCAUGUAUCAAAUGACAGUGGCACGGAAACUGAUCCAGUAACGACUUUGCAGAAUAAAUUAUUGGACUCAACAUUAGGAUGGGAGUCAUCGAGUUUGCGUCAGCGUAAUGUCAGCGGCGGUACUACUAGACCAGGACCAGUUUUAACGGACGCAAGAUGGGAUUCUUAUGUAAAAGUUGCUAAAGCCGGUGAAACGAUUGAUGACACAUUGUCAUUGGCACGUUCAACUCCUAAUUUAACAGACAAUUCGUGUAACGUAAUACCACCACAGACUUGGUCAUCAACUGGAUACAUCAGUAUGCCGUCUUCCGAAGAUAUUUCAACACCAAAUUCCAGUCCCGUUCCUCAUGAGGCUUCAAACAUCGGUGGUAAUUACAGUGUCGUAGGUCUGAUGCCAACCAAAGUACCGGCACCGCGAUUCAAGAAUGAAGAGACACCGGAAUCAUUGACAAACGCUCUGCUAAACAGCAAAGCCGAUGCUAAGCCCAAUAUUCCAUAUGUGACUCUCGCGUCCUUGGAUCAGAAGCUCAAGGAGCAACAGCCUCUGGACUCGUUACGUAAUUUAGACAAAUUAGCCUUCAUUGGCUCUACGCCUAUUCCUAAAGAACCAUUGAAACCUAUGGCUGCAGACCCGAGUAAUAAGCCGUAUGUCCAAACGGGUCUGAUAGACAAUUUAAAAAAUCCGUCCUUCAAUACGACAUUAAAUAAAUUAAUGCCGAAAUUUACAAGUCCGCCAACUAUUUCGCAACAACUGGGUGGCGAUUCCUCGGCAUCUAAGCAAUACGUCGCGGUUGCUUCUAUCGCGGAAAUAAAACCGAAGAAUGUUGAUGAAAAAUUGAGUCAACAAAACGUCAAUACAACAGAUACCUCAUCCAAUAAACCUUACGUCCAAGCAUCCACGGUCUUUCAGAUGCUUCAAGACAAAAAACACGACACCCCGGUAUACUGGGAGACCGGAGGUGACGGUGAUUCAAAGUCCAGCGCGGAUAUUGACAAAGGAUAUAUAAAAGAUAACACGAUUAAAACAGAUGAUCAAACUGUUGAAAGAAAUCUAACAGCCCGACAAGCAGUAUCGAGUAGUGGUGAUACCGCACAGCAUAUUUUAGACUGAACACAAAUAUUAUUAACGUCAGUGUGCGUGUAAUUUCUUUCCUCUUGUUUAUGUUCUGUUUGAUGUUAUUUUUAUUGCGUCGGAUGAAAUUACGAGAAGCUUAUCUGUGAAUUAUUUGUUAAUUGUAAGUACAAUAUUUCACUGAUACCUUUUUAUAAUUCAAGUAUCGAGGUCAACUGUACUCUUGUCCAUGACGAUAUUAAUAUUAAUUAUUUAAUGUUAUUGAGCCGUGGAUUUUAAAUAUCAAACUUACGCUAUUAUUAUUUUCUUAUAGAAAAAUUUUAUCGAUAACGAGUUUUUUAAUUCACGGAUUUGUGGUAUUUUUUUUUUUUUUUUAUUAAUGGAGGUUGUUAUCAAUUGUCGUCUGUUGUUCGAUAGUAAUUUUUAAGGAAUGAUAAAUUUAAUAUUAAUAUUAAUAUUUAAAAAAAAAAAAGGAUAAAUAAUAAUAAUAAAUGCUGGACUUGAGUACUGCUCAGCUUAUUUGCGAAAGUAUGUACAAAAUACUUUUAUAUAUAUUAUAUAUAUAUACAUAUAUAUAUAUCCAUCUAUAUUAAAUUAUAAAUUUUUUUUGCAAAUAAUUACAAACUUAGUAAACAAUAAAGUAAAUUAUAGCCAUAUAAUUAAGAUUAAUUCUAAAAUAACUAAAUUUAUAUCGCGUGUUCUUGCUAAAAAAUUGACGCGUAAUUAAACUUAGUGCUGAAUAAUUAAUAUCGAUUAUAAAUUCAUUUAAUUAUUAUUAUUACUAUUAAUAUUAUUAUUAUCUCGCCUUUUUUUUUAUUUUAUAAUCAAUUAUUUUUUCUUUCCAUAAAAAAAUUUUCGGCAUGUUUUUUUUUUUCUUUUUUUUUCUUCAAUUCGUCGAAUAAACUGUACAUAGAUAUGCAUGACUUGAAUAUUUUAUCAUUUAUUAAACUAAAUAUUAAAAAUAAAACGUAAAUAUAUAUGUAUGCCAUGUCGUGAAAGAUAGACGGAAUUUAAUGACGGAUCAUAUUGAGCAAGCAGCAAUUCAAUUAUUUACAUUACGCUAUUACUAUUGGGUAUUAUAAUUUUCAUUGCCAUUUGACGGGUUAGUUUGGAGAGGAAAAAUAUACAGAAAAGAAAGAUUUCUUGACUUAAGAAAUUUUCUGCGUUAUAAAUUGAAAAGAAAAAUUUUGAUAGGAUAAGAAAGAAAUUUUUUGACCUAAGAUUUCUUUGAUCCAAGAUUUCUCGCUCCUAAAAAUUUUUUCACAUCCUAGGAAAAUUUUAUUUUUCAAUUCAUAAUGCAAAAUUUUUUUGGGAAUAUAAAUUUCUUAAGCUAAGAAAUAAUUUUUUUCUGUAUAAAAAAUGUGAGCACGCGAACGAAUAUUCAAUUUAAAAUUAAAAUUUUCAAAUUAUUCGUCGGCUUUAGAAUUAUUUUUUAAUUAUUAAAGAAAUCCGAAUUAUUGUUAAAAAAA